AUGAUAGACUCUGGAGCUUCAAAGGAGAGAAUCAUGCAGAUUGAAAGAGUGGAAAGUGAAACAAGAGUAAAGGAGUCCAAGAAGGCAAAAGCGAUUCCUUUUCUCAGUACUGAUAUCCUCGACAGAGCUGAAAGAGAACUUGUGGCAUAUGAGCAAAGGCAGUAUUAUGCAAAUGAAUUGAAAAUUCUUGGAGACAAACAUGGAUAUGUCAAAAAAUCGUCACAGCUUUCUAGAUUAGAUCCUACCGGUAUUUUACAUAAAGGAGUCAUCAAAGUCGGGGGCAGACUAGAAAAGCUAAACGCAUCUUUUACCACUAAGCAUCAGAUGAUCAUUCCAAAAAAUUCCACACUGACUAGGAUGAUUGCUAUAGAUGCCCACAGAUCUGCAGGACACAUGGGCAAGAAUGCUACUUUAGCAGUCAUUCGAGAGAAGUUUUGGAUACCCGGUAUUUCAUCUGUAUUAAAAUCGCUUAUCUCAAAAUGUGUUAUAUGCAGACGAUACCAGUCUCCUCCAAUGCACCAAAAAAUGGCCAAUCUACCUUCUGAAAGAUUGGAAACAGAUGAUCCCCCAUUCACCCGUGUAGAUAUGGACUACUUUGGACCAUUUGAAUUGAAGAGAGGAAGGAGUAUGGUGAAACGAUAUGGUGUAAUAUUUACCUGUCUUAAUACACGAGCAGUCCAUCUUGAAGUGUCAUUCUCUUUGGAUACAGAUUCAUGUAUUGAUGCUAUUCGCAGAUUCAUCGCAAGGAGAGGAAAACCUAAAUUUAUCCGAUCAGACAAUGGUACAAAUUUAGUGGGUGCAGAAAAGGAAUUAAGAGAAGCUAUCAAGACAUGGAACGUUAACCAAAUUCAUUCUCAUUUGUUGCAGUCAGGGAUAGAUUGGAUGUUUAACCCACCAUCAGCAUCACAUUUCGGAGGUGUCUGGGAACGACUUAUCAGAUCCGUAAGAAAUGUGAUAUUUUCCGUUUUACAUGAACAAACUAUUUAUCUGAACGAUGAAGGACUCACAACUUUGUUCUGUGAAGUUGAAGCAAUUCUCAAUGGAAGACCUUUGACGCCCACAUCAGAUAACCCUAGUGAUCUAAGCGCUUUGACACCAAACCAUUUGCUACUUCUUAGAUCUGGAGAAACUUGCCCACCUGGAACUUUUUCACAGAUGGACAACUACGUUCGACGUAGAUGGCGCCAGAUCCAAUAUCUCGCAGACAUCUUCUGGAGAAGAUGGAUUAAAGAGUAUCUACCCCUUCUUCAGAGCAGGCAGAUGUGGUUAAAGGAGGGACGCAAUGUUAAAGAAGGUGAUUUGGUUCUUAUUCUUAUUUUGACCUCUUCACUUAAAAUUAGAUAA